ACUACUUUUCAAGGUUCUGAUGAAUGGCUCAAUGUUCAGAAGUUGUUAUCGUCGUGCGUGUGCAGUUCUUCCCGCUCUGAAGAUGACUUCUAUCAUGACACUGGAACGUGGAACAUCCAACUCUACAUCUUACAGAAUGUUCCUCACUCACGGCGAGUCUCCCGUUUCAUAUUUUCAUGAUGUCCCAUUGUUAACCGAUACGAAUAACAAGCAUUACAAUAUGGUUGUUGAAAUUCCUCGUUGGACGAAUGCCAAAAUGGAAAUUUGCAAAGAAGAGCUAAUGAAUCCUAUCAAACAAGAUGUCAAAAAUAAUAAACUGCGCUAUGUAAAUAAUGUAUUUCCACAUAAAGGUUAUAUAUGGAAUUAUGGAGCCCUACCACAAACAUGGGAAGAUCCAAAUCAUGUAGAUGAAAAUACCAAAGCAAAAGGAGAUAAUGAUCCUAUCGAUGUGUGUGAAAUAGGUUCGAAAAUUUGGCCUUCUGGAUCAAUAAUACCUGUCAAAGCAUUAGGUAUAUUGGCAAUGGUAGAUGAAGGUGAAACUGAUUGGAAGGUCAUAGUAAUCAACACAGCGGAUCCAAUGGCUGAUAAACUAAAUGACAUUCAUGAUGUGGAAACUCAUAUGCCGGGACUUCUGAAGGCUACACGAGACUGGUUUAAGUACUACAAGGUUCCUACAGGAAAGCCCGAAAAUACAUUUGCUUUCAAUGGAGAAUUCAAAGACAAAGAUUUUGCCACAAAAAUUAUCAACCAAACACAUGAACAAUGGCAUAAACUGAUAUCUACCAAAGUUGAAGCUGGCUCUAUUAUACGCACUGAGCCUCCAUUAGGCUACUUAUUUAUUUCCGUUUCCAAAUUUUACCGUAUUGAACCUUCGAGAUAACUUCACAUAAAUUUCGUGUACUUAGUGGAUUUCCACCCACGUAUACGCAUCAAAAGAUUGGAUUUUGUCCAUGUUCCCAGUUAAUCAACAAUAUUUUUGUGAAUUAGAGCGAAUGUUACCGUUAAAGGAAGUCCUUACAUGGUAUCGAAAGAAGAUUUCCUCGAUGCUUUGCAGAAGCAUGAAGCUUUUGCACGUGGGAGUGAGCCAACAGAUCAAGCUAUUGAAACUUGGCAUUUUUGCAAUCCAAAUGUCUAAUGCUGCUUCACUAGUUGACUAUCGCAAUUGUAGUGUUGAACCAAUCAUGCUGUGUUCUGCAGAAGUUAACUGCAUAUUAAAGUUAUUCGUUUUGAAUUUUUCUUAAUAACAGUCUAUAAUUGUUAUUUGCUUUUUUAUCGUGACGCUACAUAUCUGUACGUUUAGGCCUAAUAAUCUUUUUUGAAUGUCUCCAGUCAAGGUUAUACAAAUAUACACAUGUAUUUGGAGAUUAA